ACCAGAAAAAAUUAAAAAACCUUGUCAGCAGAGAUCAUGGCAUGUAAUAGAAUGCUGCUUUCUUUUCUUCCAUUAUGCCUAACUGCUCCUCAGCUGCUGAUCAUUCUCUCUGCAAGAGGAAUUUUUGAAGACAGUCAAGUGCAGUGUGAUUUAUGAGGCAGUGAAGGCCAAGUACUUCGCUGUGACGAGGAACUACUUUCUUUGGGGAAAUCAAUGGAGCACAUCAGUCUGUAGCACACUUCCUGCCUUAAUGGUCCUAAGCUCGAUCAAUACAUGGAAUUUAACUUCACCAUCAGUCUAUGGGCAGUGUGUGCUUUGUGGCCUUCCUCCCAUCAGCCUCAAAUAUAUAGCCAGAUCCAUUAUAGAUGAAGCUAGUUAUACUUUCCUGCUUGGUUUUGGCUCUUCUUUAAGCCAUUCCACUGAUUCUCUAACCAUGGCACAGGUAGAGAAACGAGGGGGGUUGCUCCGGAAGUCCUCAGCCUCCAAAAAACCCCUCAAGGAGAAAGUAGUGCUGAUGUAUGAUGAGAUCUUUAUGACAGAGGACCCUAGUAAAUGCAGUCCUCGAUUUUGGGAGGAGCUCUUCCUCAUGAAGGUGAAUUUAGAGUACCUAGAAGGCAAGCUGGAAUCUCUCGAUGGGGAGGAGUUAAUGAAGAUCAAGGACAAUAUCAAUUGCUUAUUUCAACACUGCAUACAGGCUCUUGGAGAGGAACAUCCAAUUCGAGUUGUCAAUGCAUUGCAGACCUUGUGUGCACUCAUUCGAGGAGUCCAUCAGAAAAAUAAGUCUACUUCUGGGUUUGACAUUAUCAACAUGCUAAUGGGCUUCGACAAGGCGGAGCUGUGUAUGAAGAACCUGAUGGAGAGUUUGGAUUCAUUGCUUUGUGCAGAAGGCUCUGAAAGUCUGAAGAGUUUAUGCCUGAAACUUCUCCUUUGCUUAGUGACUGUGACAGAUAACAUCAGCCAAAACACUAUCCUGGAGUAUGUAAUGAUCAACAGUAUAUUUGAAGCAAUUUUACAGAUACUCUCCCAUCCCCCAAGUCGUCGGGAGCAUGGGUAUGAUGCUGUUGUCCUCUUGGCUUUGCUGGUAAACUAUAGAAAAUAUGAGUCUGUGAAUCCAUAUAUUGUGAAGCUGUCUAUUGUAGAUGAUGAGGCCACCCUCAAUGGAAUGGGGCUUGUGAUUGCUCAGGCUUUAUCUGAGUACAAUAGGCAGUAUAAAGACAAAGAAGAAGAACACCAGAGCGGUUUUUUCUCUGCUUUAACAAAUAUGGUCGGCAGCAUGUUCAUAGCGGAUGCCCAUGAGAAAAUCUCAGUACAAACCAAUGAGGCCAUCCUUCUGGCACUUUAUGAAGCUGUUCAUUUAAAUCGUAACUUCAUCACAGUAUUAGCCCAGAGUCAUCCAGAAAUGGGCUUGGUGACAACUCCUGUCAGUCCUGCUCCAACAACCCCAGUCACCCCUCUUGGGACCACGCCACCCUCCUCUGAUGUUAUAAGUUCUGUGGAACUCCCACUGGAUGCGGAUGUGCAGACCAGUAAUCUACUGAUAACCUUCUUAAAGUAUAGUUCAAUCGUCAUGCAAGACACCAAAGAUGAGCAUCGGCUUCACAGUGGCAAACUCUGUCUGAUUAUUCUUACCUGUAUUGCAGAGGAUCAAUAUGCCAAUGCAUUUUUGCAUGAUGACAACAUGAAUUUUCGAGUAAACUUACAUAGAAUGCCUAUGAGACACAGGAAGAAGGCAGCAGAUAAGAAUCUUCCCUGCCGUCCUUUAGUCUGUGCAGUGUUGGACCUCAUGGUAGAGUUUAUUGUAACACACAUGAUGAAGGAAUUUCCUAUGGAUCUUUAUGUACGCUGCAUUCAGGUUGUACAUAAGCUGCUUUGCUAUCAGAAGAAGUGUAGAAUACGCCUGCAUUACACCUGGCGGGAACUCUGGUCAGCCUUGAUAAAUUUGCUGAAGUUCCUCAUGUCAAAUGAGACUGUGCUUUUGGCCAAACACAACAUUUUUACAUUAGCCCUUAUGAUUGUGAACCUAUUUAAUAUGUUUAUCACAUAUGGUGACACAUUCCUGCCCACCCCCAGCAGCUAUGAUGAACUCUACUAUGAGAUUAUUCGCAUGCACCAGAGCUUUGACAACCUCUACUCCAUGGUCCUGAGGCUUUCUACCAAUGCAGGCCAAUGGAAAGAAGCAGCUAGUAAGGUGACCCAUGCGUUGGUUAAUAUCAGAGCCAUCAUCAACCACUUUAACCCCAAAAUUGAAUCCUACGCUGCUGUGAAUCACAUAUCCCAACUGUCAGAGGAGCAGGUGCUGGAGGUGGUGCGAGCCAACUAUGACACACUCACACUGAAACUGCAGGAUGGCCUCGACCAGUAUGAGCGCUAUUCGGAACAGCACAAGGAAGCUGCCUUCUUCAAGGAGCUGGUUCGAUCCAUUAGCACCAAUGUCCGGAGAAACCUGGCCUUCCACACACUCAGCCAGGAAGUCCUGCUCAAGGAGUUCUCCACUAUCUCCUGAAGCUACACACAUCUGAGCAGCCACUGACUGCCCUUACCCAUGAGGCUCCUGAGCUGAAGGGAUAGUGAGGGGAGAGGGGCUGUCCCCCAGGCUGGAGAGAACAGAUCCCGAGUCCUCUCGGUGAAGCCAGCACUUCAGUGGAACUUGGACAGCAGGGGCCAGAGGGGCAAGCCAGGGAUAAUCUUACUUGGGGAGGGGUGGGUGGGCAGAGGGAAAGCCUUCAAGAAUGAGGGACUUCCAGGGUGGCUUUCCUGGAUACCCCCUCAUGUUUCCAAAUGAGAUUACACAUUGUGACUCCUGACAAAUUUUCAGGAGCUGUUGAUGCAAACCUUAGGGUGAUGCCAGCAACCUGAGGGGCAAUGGUUUUCUUAGGCUUUUGAAAACAGACUAACUCUCAGAUGUAGUGGAGCUGCAUUCUUUUUCCUUUGGGCAUGAAGCUGAGCUAAGUUUGAAAUCUUUGUCCCUUUCCCUCUCUGGCAUUCUGUCCAGUCUUUAGGACCCUUAGCUCAGGCUUAGGGUAGGAUAGGAAUGGCGUUACCUUUUUUCUAUUUUCUAAAUCCAGAGCUCCUGGGAGACUAGAAACUAGAAUCCAUCCAAUACUCUGCUGCCCGGCCACCACUUUCUGGAUUUCAUUCUUAGCACCAGGAGUACCUGUUAGCUUUCCCCUGCCUUCCAACCCAUUAACUCACCCACACUAUAGGGCUACAACCUUAACUUUUUAUUUGCAGUCUGGUUAAACUGUCUUUAGAAUGUGUGUGUGAAAUAAACAUUGACAGGUUCUCUGGAGCCCUCAGGUGCCUACUUUGCUGGUUCCCUUUCCAGCAGCUCUCCCACCUCUCUAGCUACCCCCUCCUCUGGGAGCCUCUCCUGCCUGAGCUGAGCUCCCCUCCACGUGUUCCACCCCCUCACCCGGCUGUUGUUUACAUCCAGCCUGCCUGAGAAUUUCCUCUGGGGAGGAAUCUGUUCCUGCAGUGGUCUGGUGCCUGGGAGGGAGAGAAUCUGCCAGGGGCCAGACCCCUGCCAUCUGAAAGAGGCCAGGUGAGCAUGGAGGAGAGGCCAUUCUGUCCACCUGCAUGGUGGAUGAACAACAAGUAAGUCUCCUGACCUUCAGGAAGUUGGCUGUAGUUCCCGUUUCAACAACCUGCAUUGGGAGUACUGCAGACUUUUCCUCCCCAACUGCUGCCUCCCUUUCUAAAGCCCUCCGGAUGGCAGGGAACAGGUGGCACUGGAAGUAUUUGGGAGUAAGUGCAGGCCUCCAGCAGUGGGAGCAAGUCUGGGAGCCACCCAGCUGCAAUCCCACUUAGACUCAUCUCUUUGGGACAACUUGCUCUCCAGGAGAACUAGAGUUCUGGCUCCAGCGCUGAGCAUUGAUACACUAGUUCCAGAGACUCCACCGAUAUGCUGCCAUGUAUAGGUGUAGAUUUUUAAGAAAUCAAGGAUUUCUGAUCACUAGAUGGAGAGUUCAACCUGGGCGUUUAGUGUUUUUCACUGUGAGAAACCCCAGAGGAGCCAGAGCUGGUGGCAAGUUUGAAGUUAUUAAAAAUUGAUUUGUAUGGGACAGUCUUUUUAGUGUCUUUUUUUCCCCUUAAUCUCUAUUACCCAGAACUCAUUUCUCAAAGACAGUUAAGAUCAUUUACCAGAUACUGAUCCCAUCUGGCUAGAGGACCCCUGCCUGUCCUUAUAGGUAGGUUCUCCUCUUGAGUCUCCUGACCCUAGUGGAAGCCAGUUUAGUCUAGAGAGUUGUAGCCUUCCCUUGUCUUCUGCUUUGGAUUCCUGCCAGCCUUUCCUAUGAAGUGAACAAGGGCAGGUCUAGGACAUGAGGCACUAAACAGAAGAUUCCCUCCAUUGUAAAGGCCCACUCCUGGCCCAUUUAUAUACCUUUCCUAAGGAUUUCAGACAGGAGUUCCAUCCUGUCCUAGAAAUCAACCCCAAAAGAAGUUGCCCAUGCUCUGUCCACACCCCAGUGUCUGAGCCAGGGUGAGACAGGAGCCAGGCAUUGCUCUAAAAGACAAUCCUUUCCUCAGCUGUUUGUCCCUGUCUCAUGCCUGAACUCCCACCACAAUUCCUGCUGGGCUAAUUGAAUCAAGUGGUUGGAAAUUAAAUCCAAUUGAAGAGAUUAAAUGUGCAGGGGUCACUUUAACUGAAGCUUUCAGUCUCAGCAGGCCACUCCUCCAGAGGAGCCAUGGAUGGGCAGGCAGGACUACCUGGGACAUUGUCACCAUACCAUCCAGAACUUCGGACACUCUGCUUCUCAUGGUGGAGGGAGGAGGGGGCCCUUCUAGGCUAGGAGCCCAGAAAGCAUUUUGGAGAAGGUCAGACAAGUAGGCUCAGUCAUUCAGUAGCCUUCCUGGAAGCCUGACAUAGCCCAGCUCUGUGUCAGCCCCUUGCCUCAGAGAAGCAGCUGAUCUAAUGAAAGGGAGCCUCAUAAGAAGGGCAUUUCUACCCACCCAGUCCUCACCUGGAUUCCCAAGGCCUCAGUCACUCCCCAGAUCUUCUGGAAAACAGAAGAAAUCUAGGGCAGGUGAGAGAAGAGCAGGAAUGUUGAAAGAAAAAAAAAAUUAAAGAAUAAAAGAGCAAGAAAAUCUUGAGAA